AUGGUGCCAGCAGAGGCGCAGAAUGAGACGGAUGCCAGGUUGCCGCCAGGUCUCCUCACUUCGACCUUAGUCAUGUCCCUCAAAACCAUGCGCCCUAUAUAUAAAAGCGAUUUCGUGGAUGAAGAAACUCUCGAGACACUCUACGACCAAGUACUCGUCGAAAUCUACGAACGGGCUGGUGUCACUAGUUUCCUUCACGGACAUCUUCCCAACUACCACAAAGCUACUCGCAAGAUGUUAAUGAGUGGCCAUGGUCUGCUUGGGCCAGACUAUUCGCGAAGUCCCCCCAACUACAGGACUUUCCGCAGACAGGCCGAACACGUCUCUGAAGUCGAGAAAGCAAAAGUCUCCCCUGCCGUCCUCGAGGGUUGCUUAACCAGAACAACGUUUCGAUGA